CAUGGAGGAUGCCAAAAAAAAAAAAAAAAUACUUUAGACCAACGUGUCACCUCGUAAGUACACUUAUAGUUUAUACAUAUUUAUACAUAUUUCAUUUUAUAUUACCUAGUUACAAUAUAUAAAAUAUAUAAAUAAAUUUAUAUUCAAAUGUUUAAGUACAAUGCGCCAAUGUUGUGAAGCUUUUAUUUAUUUAAAAGCUUCAGCAAAUGGACAACAGUUAGAAAUAACUAAAAUGAACGAGACUCAUAACCACGAGAUAUCAAAAAUAUUGUACAGCCAUCUUCCCAAUCAGAGAAAGAUCACACCGGAAAACAAGGCCAUAGUUAUAGAGUUGAUGGAUAUGAAGGCGAACAAAAAACUUAUACAAGAUAAAAUCAUGAAAGAAAGCGGUAAAAUAGUUACACUUAAGGAUUUAUCCAACAUCCGUACCACAGCUGGAAAUCAUUGUUCAAAAAAUGAUUUAACCGAAGUUGUAACUAAAUUAAAGAGGAAAUUCAACUGUACUGUAGAGGUAUCAAUAGACGAAGACAAUAAUUUAAACGGUAUUUUUAUUCAAGAUAUGAUUAUGGUAGAAUCAUUCAGUUCAUUUCCAGAGGUAGUUUUUGCAGAUGCCACGUACAAAUUACUUGAUCUGAGGCUUCCCGUUUAUGUUUUAAUGACUGAGGAUGGCAACGGGAACAGUGAAAUUGCAGCGAUUGGACUGUUGGUAAAUGAGGAAGAGUCAACUUUGCGUUGGUUUUUUGAAACAUUCAAAAAGAACAACCCAAUAUCAAUUCAAACUCGCGUAUAUGUAACCGACAAAGAUAUGAAGGAGAGAAAGGUAAUAAGGCAAGUAUUUCCAAAUUCUUCAUUAACAAUAUGCUUAUUUCACACAUUACGGACCUUCAAUCGGGAAAUAACAUGUGAAAAAAGAAAUAUAACUCCCAAAGAAAGGGAUGAUGUGAAACUGAUAUUUCAAGAAUUAACAUACUGCAAAUCCGAAGAAGAAUAUGAUACGAUAUACACCCACCUUCAAUCCAUAGCACCUGAAUCAAUCAUUAAUUAUUAUAAUAAAAAUUGGCACAAUAUAAGACAGGAAUGGGUGAUGGGCAUGACAUUUAACACCGGAAAUUUCAUGAACAAGACGAAUAACCGAUUAGAAAGUUUUAAUGGCAAACUUAAAUCGGUAAUAUCUACAUUUUCCACACUGGAAGAUUUUGUUGAAAAACUUUUUAUUGUUUUGAGCUGUGUGCGACUAGAACGGGAUAGGAAUGCAGUGAAAUUGGUUCAAAGGCGGCCCACUAAAAUGAAUGAUAUUCCAGAGCUACGGCAGUAUCAUAGUUUUUUAACGACUUAUGCUUACAAUUUUUUGAAAAACCAAUUUGAAAGUUCUGCUGGAACCUAUGUUCUAGACAACACAACAGAGGUUUCAUGUAGUUGUCUCUUUUAUAAAUCAAUGCGAUUGACAUGUAAACAUAUAUUUCACACUAGACAACUUCAGAACAAACCAUUAUAUGACCUAAGUUUAUGUGAUACAAGAUGGACCAGAGAUUAUUACUAUAAAAAUCAAAGAGUUUUUAAAAAUGUUGAGAUUGUUCCCACUGAUAGCGAUACUACAGUUACAACAUUACACAGAAAGAAAAAAAAAAUCCCAUCUACUCAUGAAAAGUUCCGGAAAGCAUCAAUGGUAGGAGCAAAGAUCGCUGAACUAAUUUCUCAAACAUCAAAUGUACAUUUCCAUAGAAAAAUACAACAGCUUGAGUUUAUUUAUAAUAAUUGGUUGAAAGGGCAUGAAAUAUCAGUUCAAAUGUUAGAUGUAGAUGAUGUAAAUACUGUGGAGAACAAUAUUAUGGAUGCUGUUGAAGACAAAACUAUAACUAUAAAGAAUGAUAUUAUGGAUGCUGUUGAAGACAAAACUAUAACUAUAGAGAAUGAUAUUAUGGAUGCUGUUGAAGACAAUAUUAUAACUAUAGAGAAUGAUAUUACGGAUGCUGUUGAAACUGUAGAUUCAGAAAAUUGUAACAGUCAGGGUAAUUAUUCUAUAAUAGUAAAAUCAAUAAUACUAGAUAAUGACGUUGUGGAUUUAAAUAAAAAAAAAUUUUAAUGUUUAGGUAUUGAAUCAAUAA